AUGGCGAUUGCGGUUAUGGCCUUUCAAAUAGACCAGACCAAUUCACUGGUGGAGUUUACAAACCUGAAAUGCAUUCCAAUCGAUAAAGAAUUCGCAGGAUUUGAAUACUGUCAAAUUAAGGCAAUAAAUCGGACCUACAAAUAUAUAUCCCUCAAAGUAAACUUGUUUAAAAAGCCAGUGACAAAGAUUUCAGUGAAUAUAUCUGCGUUGAAAAGACUAAAUGGCUAUAAACCAUUUCUAUAUAAUAUCACAUUCGAUGCAUGCAAAUUUUUGGCUUCCAAAAAUAAGAAUUCGGUUAUUAAUUACUUUUAUAAUUUGAUCAGUUCCCACUCCAAUAUGAACCAUACUUGUCCAUAUAAUGACGAUCUCAUUUUGGAAAAGUUAACAACUGAGUUUUUGAAUUAUCAAUUGGUUACGGUCUUGCCAGUUCCUGAAGGACAAUAUGCUUUAUUUACUAGCUGGUAUGCCUAUGGUAUUAAGAGAGCCGAAGUUCAAUUCUAUGUUAAAAUAUCAUAA